UUGACUGGUCUUAAUAACCCCCCCUUCUAGCUUACUCCUUAGUCCCCUUUAAAGUUUAAACCUAGCUCCCUGCUUUUCAACUAUCUAGAGUACCCCACUCUCACCACCACCCACCAGCAUUGCCGCCGUCCCACCACCACCACCUCCACCACCAUUUUAUACUAUGAACCCUAUUUUCUCUACACUUGAGUAUUGGCUAGUGAGCCACCCAAAAAUCCUCAACUUCACAUGGAGUCAAGGAGAAACCCUGGGUUCCUCUCUAAACUUCCUAACACUCACCAUCCUCUCCUACCUCACCCUCACUUUCCUUCUAUCUCACCACCACCACAUCCCCUCCAUUGGAUCCCACAUCCUCAAACCAAUCACAGCCGUCCACAACCUUACACUCCUCAUCUUCUCCCUCAUCAUGGCCCUUGGUUGCACUCUCUCAAUCUUCGCCCACACACCAAGCAUCCACCACUUCAUUUGCUUCCCCCCACAAACCCCUCCCAGUGGGCCCCUCUUCUUCUGGGCCUACAUCUUCUACCUCUCCAAGAUCCUAGAAUACAUCGACACCCUCCUUAUCAUCCUCAGCGAGUCCAUGAUGAGACGCCUCACGUUCCUCCACGUCUACCACCACGCCAUGGUUGUGAUCAUGUGUUACCUGUGGUUGCAUACUUCGCAGUCCAUGUUCCCUCUAAUGCUGGUGACGAAUGCGUCGGUACAUGUCAUCAUGUACACGUAUUACUUGUUGUGUGCACUCGGGGUGAGACCUAGGUGGAAGCGGUUGGUGACGGAUUGCCAGAUCCUGCAGUUCUUCUCCAGCUUUGGAAUAAUGAGUUUGAUUUUCUAUUACCAUUUUAGUGGUGGAUCUGUUGGCUGUUCUGGGAUGUGGGGUUGGUGCUUUAGUUCUGUUUUUAUUACUUCUCUUUUGGUUCUGUUUAUUGAUUUUUACUCUAAGAACUAUAGUAGUGGUGGUGCCAAGACUAAGGUGGCAUAGUUAGUACCAACGACGAGAGGUGGUUUGGUUGGCAAUCGAUUGAGUUAGGCAUAUGUGUGUUCAAGAUUCGAUUCCAACCGCAAACAUAUUUCUCUACGAUAUUUAAAAAAAGGUGGCAUAGUUAGUUAAUUCAUUAGGGUUUUAAAUUAAAUCAUUUAGUCUUGUUUAAAUUUUUUGUGUUUAUUUUUUAAAAAAAUGUAUCAGUAAUUGAUUCAAUGGAUUGUUGGUAAUAAUUUGGCAUGUUCUUAUUUAAUUUUGUCUUGUU